AUGGAUUGGAAAAACUGCUUGGAAAUACGAGCGAUUGCCGACACUUACGCAUGCCGAAGACUUCUUCGCAGCGCUAAGAAAUACAUUCUGCUUAACUUCCAGGUCACUUUUUUGUCGUUCAAUCUUACAAGUGAGCAUACUUUAUGCGCUUUUCAGUACGUUGUUGGAAGUGAGCAUUUCUAUCAACUUCCUCUGAAUCAGCUUAUUGAAUUCAUUUCUAGUGAUGAGCUAAGUGUCCGUUCAGAGGAGCAGGUUUUCGAUGCAAUUCUUCGGUGGAUUAAGUUCGACCUGCCAGCAAGGAGGCAACUUCUUCCGAAGUUGUUGGAGCAUGUGCGACUUCCGCUUUGUUCUCCGAAAUUUCUGGCCAUUACGCUAAGUAAAAACGACUUGGUAACGGGUGAUGCUGCUUGCCGAGCUCUUCUUGAUGAAGCAAAAGUUGGUAUAGUUUCUUAA